GCAAAUUUCUGACAAAACCCCCACUGUCUAUCCGAAACCUGUUAAAAAUGUAAGGAAAUAAGAAGGAUUAUCCGAAACCCAAAUAACCCCAAAAAAAGAAAAAAGAAAAAAAAAAUUAAUAAUAAAAAAAAAACUUCCUAUGAAGCUCCUUUUUCUUCCAUCUUCUUCUUCCCGAUCUCUGUAAAAUCCAUCUUCUUCCUUAUCUUAGCUAUACCCAGAAAUUAAAUAAUAAAAAAAAGAAAGAAUUUCCUAAAAGAAUACCUGAGUUUUCCGGAUAAGCACCAGAAUAUUCCCUUUUCAUUCUGACAAAAACUGUCCCGCGAUUCAAUCAUUUCUCAAAAGCUUCAAAUGGGUUUUUCAUUUCCUUGCUAUCGAGCUGCUUGAUGUAAGGUCUUGUAUUCUUAUGGUUUUAACAUAUUUGAUUGUUGAUUGCUUGGAUUUUGGAUGAUGGGUUUUCUUUUCUGAUCUUUUUUGGCUUUUCGAGAUCUCGUUUCGAUUUGGUUCGUCGUUUAUUUGGCUUCUUUUUUUUCUUUUUUUUUCCUUCCCUCUUUUGCAUAUUUUGGGUUUUUGUGGUUUUGUGGGGUUUUUGUGAUUUGCUUCAAAAAAUUUCUGCUACUUGGUGGAGGAGAAUAGGGAAAAAAAAAAAAAAAAUGUUGAUUCUGCCUAAAAGCGAUUCGAUCCACAUCAGGGAAGUUUGGGAAGAUAAUUUAGAGAGUGAGUUUGCAUUGAUUCGCAAUAUUGUAGAUGAUUACCCUUAUGUAGCUAUGGAUACUGAGUUUCCGGGUGUGGUUUUGAGGUCCGUAGGGGAUUUCAAGAACACUUAUGAGUUUAAUUAUCAAACCCUUAAGGCUAAUGUAGACCUCUUGAAGUUAAUUCAGUUGGGUCUUACCUUUUCUGAUGAGAAAGGGAGGCUUCCCACUUGUGACACUGAAAAGUACUGUGUGUGGCAAUUCAAUUUUCGCGAGUUCAAUCCCAGCGACGAUGUGUAUGCCAAUGACUCCAUCGAACUUUUAUCCCAAAGUGGCAUUGAUUUCAAGAAGAACAAUGAGAAGGGUGUAGAUGCCUAUAGGUUCAGUGCGCUUUUGAUGUCGUCCGGGGUCGUGUUGAAUGAUGCUGUUCAUUGGGUGACAUUCCACAGCGGGUAUGAUUUUGGGUACUUGCUCAAGCUGCUUACUUGCAAAAAUCUUCCAGAUACGCAGGCGGGUUUCUUUGACCUGAUCAAUAUGUACUUCCCUACACUUUAUGAUAUCAAACAUCUGAUGAAGUUCUGCAACAGUCUUCAUGGUGGGUUGAACAAGCUUGCUGAGCUGUUGGAUGUGGAGAGAAUUGGUAUUUGCCACCAAGCUGGUUCGGAUAGUUUACUCACUUGUUGUACUUUCAUGAAACUGAAAGAGCAUUUCUUUAGUGGCUCACUUGAGAAAUAUUCUGGUGUAUUGUAUGGUCUUGGUGUCGAGGAUGGAUAGAGAACUCUUUGAAAGAAAAUGAAAAUUAUGGAAUAAUAAUAAAAAACAAAAAAAUGUGUUUGUUGAAGUA